CGUAGAUCUAUUCAUAUAUACUUUUGUAAAAUGUACACCCUCAAUUUACGAGGUAUGCACUUAACAUAUGAAUCACAAUUUUGCUCUAAACUUUUGAGAAUCUAGAGCUCUUAGUUCCCCCCUUGCCACUUGGUACAACCCAAAACGGCUGAGAGAACAGGAAGCGUUCGUACAAUAGCUGCCUGUUAGAUCAUGUGCUCCAAGAGCAGAGCUUGCACUAUAGGCUCUAGUCUGAUUCGCCGAAGAUAAUUAUCCGUGCCUUGCAUUCCUGCACAGUCAUGGAGUUCUAGGAAAUCCUUCUUGCUCUGCCUGACCUAGGCCAAAAUGAGUGUCAUCAACAGUCUCCCGAAGGUUGAGGCAACUCUUAGUUUGGAAUUGGAUUUUUCAUCAUGGAAUACCUGCUUAACAGUCAUCGGUGCCAGUUGUCUGGGAUAUCUGUUUCUUUUUGUGUUAUGCCAUCUAGUGUCCAUUCUUGUGUCAGCUACUUAUUGUUCUCUCUGUGCCAAAGAGAAAGUGUUUUGGGAUCUAGCAGCCACACGUGCAGUAUUUGGGGUGCAGUGCAUUUAUGCUGGGCUGAGAGCUUUACUAAUCGACCCAGUACUCACUGCUGACACCAUCACUGGCCAGCAGAGUUGGUCCCGGUUUACUGUUCUAAUAGCAGCUGGUUUUUUUCUGUUUGAAAAUCUUGCUCUUCACCUUUCUAAUUUAAUAUUUUGGACAUGUGAUAUUUUCCUAGCAGUUCAUCACUUUUUUGCUUUUGUUGGAUAUUUGGCUGCUGUAAUUUGUAGCACUGGCGGACAUUAUUUGUAUAUGCUGACAUUGUUACUGGAAAUGAGCACUCCAUUUACCUGCAUAUCCUGGAUGUUGCUUAAGGCUGGUUGUUCAAAUACCUUAUUUUGGAAAGUUAAUCAAUGGAUAAUGAUUCAUUUGUUCCACUGCCGCAUGGUCCUCACUUAUCACCUAUGGUGGGUAUGUUUGUACAACUGGGAUCGUUUCAUAAACUCUCUGCCCUUUGUAUAUAUAGUAUUCUUCUUAACUGGACUGGCAAUUUUAACGAUAAUACUAAACCCUUAUUGGACUCAUAAGAAGACACAACAGCUCUUGACUCCAGUUGACUGGAACUUUGAGGAGACAUCAGGGAAAGCAAAUGGAGGGAUUAAACUUCAAAAAAAGAAACAGUAAAAAAAAAUCCUUUUUUAAAGCUACUAUCGUUUUUCUCUUAUAUUCUCAGGCCAACAGUAUCAAUGUGAGAAAUGCCUAUAUUAUAAUUAUUCCCAUCUACAGUGUUACUGUUUUGACAUAACUUUAAAUUACCAGUCAUUUUAAAAUCAGACAUGGUGGCUGUACUAAAAAAAAUAUUGCUUUG